AUGUCGAAGCUCUCGUUUAGGGCGAGGGCCCUGGAUGCGACGAAACCGAUGCCCAUAUAUCUCGCCGAGGAGCUUCCAGAUUUACCGGACUACUCGGCGAUUAAUCGUGCUGUACCUCAGAUGCCCUCUGGCAUGGAAAAAGAGGAGGAAAGUGAACACCACCUCCAGAGGGCGAUAUCGGGCACGGGGCUUAUAAUACCAACUCCUGAAGUGUCGGAGGUCACCGACGUCGACUUCUACGAGAGAUGCUACCCACCCGACUACAAGAUGCCCAAGCAGCAUAUACAUAUGCAGCCUCUAUGGGAGGAACAAGAGGCACCAGAGUACGACAUCGACUCAGAGGACGAGAGGUGGUUGAAACAACAACGGCAUCCCGAAUUAACAGACCUAAAGUUCGAACAAAUGAUGGACAAGCUGGAGAAGAGUUCGGGACAGACGGUGGUCACGCUUAACGAGGCGAAGUUACUGCUGGAGAGGCACGACGACCUCGUCAUAGCCGUGUACGACUACUGGCUGAAUAAGCGGUUGAAUACCCAACACCCUCUCAUACUGUCAGUCAAGACGGAGAGUAGACCGGGCCAGUCGACAAACAAUCCUUAUCUAGCAUUUAGACGGCGUACAGAGAAAAUGCAGACUAGAAAAAACAGGAAAAACGACGAGAGCUCGUACGAGAAGAUGCUCAAAUUGCGUCGGGAUCUUGCCCGAGCCCUCACCCUCUUAGAGCUGGUCGCGAGGAGGGAACACGCCAAGAGGGAGUUGGUGAGGCUCACCGCGUUGCUGACGGAGAGGAGAUAUGCAGCGGGAGACUUUGCCAGCCAGCUCUUGCCUGAUCCUCCACCACGACCGCAAUACACGACCGUGCCAAUCGCACCGGCCUUCAGACGCGACUACACCGUGCAGCACUUCCCGCCGCGAGCGCCCGCCACGCCUAUUGACCAGCCGAGGCAGCGCGAGAAGCGCCCGUACAAGCGGCGCAAGCAUCGACACUACGUGCCCGCGCACCCGCACAGAGAUUCGGGCGUGUGUACGUCGUCGGAGGAAGACGUCUCUUCCGUGCCCGACGACGGGCCCUACGCAUUCCGCCGCAAGCCCGGCUGCUUCUACGAGAUGCCCACGUCGACUCUGUACGGCGACCCCGUGGACCCCGACAACACCUCAAAGGAUGGUUUCUUCGAACAUGAGGUGGAUGAGAGGACUAGGUUCACGCUGACGUCAGUGUCGCACCCGCAUUCCCGCUGCGUGGGAUUCGCCCGGCGGCGCGCGGCUCGCGGCGGGCGCGUGGUGUUGGACCGCGUGGCUACGCCGCUGGACCGUCUUUGGCCGCGGCUGCCGUUCGAGCACGCCGGCAGCACCGCGGACAGGGCUAGGAGGGACGAGGAGGUCGAUCUGGAAACCAAGCCUCAUAGAACGCCAAAAGUGAUGACGAGAGAUUACCACACGGGCGGUAAAUAUCCAUGGCGUCACGCGUUCCGACGACACGCCGUCAAGGACACCGACCGGCUUGUUAGAAAUGAAAUCGCCGACGUCAAAACGAACAUCACCGACGUCAAAGACGUCAAAUCAAACGUCAGCGACGUCAAACUGGGCGUUGACGGCGUCAAGGCGAAGUCAAUGGACGUUGAUAAAGUUAAUGUGUUAACGGACAGUGAAAAUAGUGAUAGUGAUAAGCGAACAAUAGACUGUUAUGUGAGAGAGAAUCUAGAGAGGGUCAUCAGGAAGCGGUCUUGGUCCGUUUGUGAUGACAGCAGUUAUGACUCGGAUGAGAGUUUGCAACCCGCUGAGAGGGAGUUUGAGGAGUUUAUCAAUGAAGUCAAUAAGAAAUGGUUACAUUUCCGACCAAAAACACCGCCUCUAUCGCCGCCCUACAUCGAAAAGCCAUCAGAUGACCAGUUCCCCAUAGCACUAGAUACACCCAUAAUAGUGGAAAUAUCCGAGCCUUCCGAGGGUCUAGAUCCUUUUAGGACCACGGAGUUCACCCUAAAUGACCUAUACGGAGACAUCAACCCCGAAAUGGACAACAGCGGCAGUCUAGAUAUGAGCGGGGAAGAUUUGCUGACAGAAAACUUCACAGGACUUACCGAGGCCCAAGUGGAAAGUAUACUAUCUGAAACGGACCUAAAAGCGUUAGCUGAUGUUGAUAUAACAAAAGAUGACAAAAAAAUAGCAAUAACAGACGAUCUUCUGGAAGAGCUGGUGAAGGAUGUUGACGCGAAAGAUUCUUUUUUAUUGCAUGGCCAGAGUCGGGAUGGGCGAACUGUCUCUGGCCACAGAAGAAAAAAGGAAAUUUUCGGUUCGAGUCUCGUGCAAGUCAACCCCACGGCUAAAGAGCCUGUGUAUAUAGAUAAAAUUAUACCGGACACGCCCAAAGUGAAGCUCAAGCCGGUAGAGAAACCAUCAAUACCGGUGCCGACAUCGAAGAUAAUAGUUGAGGAAGUGAACGAGGUGCCGAUCAAAGUGGAAAAGAAAAGGAAGGAAGAUACUAUAGAGGAGCAAAUAUCCCACGGGAUUCAAUUGAAGACGGUACAAACGAAGCAUUCGCCGUUGAAGAAACACAUAAUAACGUCGGCCCACAGACGUGGUGGUGACGUCACCAUAGUGACGUCAGAGGCGCCACAGCCACAGAUAGUGACUGUCGCCGUGUCUGAUAGUUUGAAGGUGCGUCUCCAGAACCAAGGCGUGACUGCGUCGAGCGCGGGCGCGGUGGUCGGGCUGCUGCAGAACGGGCCCUUCACCGCCGUGGCGCUGCCCGUGCACAAUGCCGCUCAACAUCGAGAGAUAGGUUCAGCAACAGUAGCAAGUGUGGCCAACGUGGUGACAGCCGGCACCGGCAAAAUACCCAAUGUGACCAACGUGACGAACGUGGCAAACGUCGCCAGUAUGGCUAACGUGGCCAACGUCGCCAGCAUAGCCAACACAACACGACGUGUCACCCCCUUCGUCCAGCUAGCCCCCGCCCUUGCACACAAACCCUUACAAAUACAUCACCAAUCGGUCGUGGUGACCCCGCAAAUGCACCACGUCAACCCUAGCAAACUGAAAGUGUUACACGCGCACCCCCUAUCCCACUCUCAAAGGGCUCAGUUACUCGCCCAAAAUAGGUCUCUAGGGCAGCUACCAGCUGUAGUGUCCUUAGCCACCUUAGGUGACGCAAAACCACCGGCUUUAUUAAAAACGCCCGGCUCUGUAGCGCAAUUUUUCGAAAUCAAAAGCGGACAAUUGGGAAAAGGGCCGCAUUUGGUAAAUGUACUGCGACAACCGCCACCGGUCAAAGCAUCAGUAGCUAGGUUAGACUUUGAUGCUAAAAAAAGGCAAGUCGUAUUCGAUGGGACAUUAAAAGGCAACGUGACGGCCGCGACACGACAUCGCGUCAGCGUCAGUCUGGACGGACGACAGAUAGUGCGCGCCGCCCUACCAGUCAGACCGCCGGUACGACAGCAAUUUCAACUGAAAAAUCGUACGAUACAAGUAACAACGCCCAUAGCGAGGACCUCAUCUGAACCGUCGACCAGUAUAACGAUCGCGCCAACCAAAACGGCAUCGAUACCAAGUUCAGUUGUAGCUAAUCUGCUGCAGAAGAAUGUAUUGCCGAAGGGGCAGAAGAUAGCCAUAUCUGGACCCGGGGGGCAGGCGUUGUCAGCAAAUGUACAAGCCAUAGCGAUCACUACAGCACAAUUGAAGGCCAGACAGGGACGGCUGAUAGCUCAACCCCGUCCCACACCGGUUGCAGAAAUUGUAGAAGCCUCCACUGCGCCCACCACGUCCACUAACGCCAAUAUGUCCACCGAUACGAGCCUCGCCACAGACGGGGAUGAAUCCACUACCAACGGCGUCAGGAGACGACCCACUGACACCCUGCCCAUGGAGGUUACG